UUCAACGCUAAGGCCACUUAAAAUUAAUAAAUUGUUUUACAUGGCCGCCCGCCUCAAUUUUUUGGUGCCGCCUCGAUUUUUUUUAUAUUUUAUAUUCUUCAAAAAAUCCGUUUUUUUCACCUCAAAAACUCUCAGAGAUUGUCAAUACGCAGAGAUCGUCAAUACGCACGUGCGCCAUCGUCAAUACGCACGUACGUCGUUUGAAAUCAUCUUGUGUUUCUCUCAAACUGGCUGCCGUGCCUGUCUCUCUAUCUCUGCUCUUCGACUCCUGGUUCCGCCCUUACGGCUGCUUUCUGCCGCCAUGUGGCAAGUAGCUCAGCGAAGUGACAUGAUGCAUUAUGGGAAGCUGGAGGAGUUUGUCUCCUUGGUCACGGAGACUGUCCCAGAGCUGCUGAGCUACCGACAAAGAGCACAACUCAUUCUUGGUUUGCGAGCAAAGCUGAUUCUGGAGCUGUUCCGUGGCCAGCACCCGCCAGACCUCCAGACCAUCCAGCCCCACCUGGACAGAAUCCGGCCCCCAACCACACUUUCUAUGUGCACAGAUAGCGCUCAUGCAGAGGUGCAGGAGUCCGGAGCCAGUUUCUGGGAGCUGGUUCAGACACUUCUGAAAGACCCUGCAGAGAGGGAGCGUUUCUUCCAGGAGGUGUUCCCAGUGGAGUAUGGACCCAAGUAUGACAUGGCCCUGCAAAUCCUGGUGUGGGAGCUCCUCUCCAGGCUGGAGCAGCUCCUCCCAGUACCAGAUCUUGAACAGACUGUUUCCUGGCUCAGCACUGCCCCCUCAGUCUUGGAGGAAUGUGUGCAAUCCAUAUCUCAGCCACAGCAGCUGAAGACCAUGCUCCAGCACUACAAAUGUUAUGGACACUUGGAGACAAAUGCGACCAUCCCCACCGUGGAUGACUGCGUGCUCACCUCUCCGCCCUUAGUCAGAGUGGUGUUUGCUGCUAAGCAGAUAGAUCCUGAUAUCCAGGCUGAAACGAUACAUGACUCCAUCAGCUUUUUAAGUCCCUCUUCAGUGAGCGAAGAAGUGGAGAUAGAGACUGUGAUGGAGAGCACUGAUUAUGCUGAGGUGGAACUGAGAACCAGUGCGGACCAAGAUGAAAAUGGAGCCGGGGGCGUAGAUACUGGUACAGAAGAGGGGGCAGAAGAUGGAGAUGGUCAUAGUGAGCAAGAUCAAAAUAUCAGUCGGAGAGGAGGAAAUGGAGCAGUUCACUGUCCCCAGAUAAGCUGUAGCUUGAGCUUGGGUCCCUCAGAGCUGAAGAAAGAGGAAAAAGCCAUGGGGGAGCUGGCAGAGUCGCUAGAGGAUAGGAUCAGCACUGAGCCCUCAAGUGAAUCAGCUUUGAAUCUGCAGAUGAAACAGAAAACAGCAGAUGGCACUGUGGAGCUCUCAUCAGUGGUCUUUGCGUGUGCCAUGUGCCCUUUCGUCCACGCCAAGGAAAUGCACCUGCAUCGGCACAUUGAAAGAGAGCACCCAGAGGAAUAUGACAAACUCCUGAGGUCUGAAGACCCUAAAGCCAAGACCCAGGAAGCAGAGAGCCCCCAGGAUGUUCAGGGUCCCACACAGACCCGCACAGGGACCUCCAAGUCCCACACCUGCCCCCAGUGCGGGAAGAACUUCCGGUCACGCUCAGACCUCGCCCGGCACCAGCAGAUCCACACGGGUGAGCGGCCGUUUCCCUGCGGCCAGUGUGAGAAGAGUUUCAAGAACUCAUGGGACAGAGCGAGGCAUGAGCGCACACACACGGGUGAGCGACCCUUCCAGUGCUCCCAGUGUGGGAAGAGCUUCACGCAGCUGGGCUUCCUGAGUCUGCACCGUAAGCGCUCUCACAGGGGUGACUGCCCACACCGCUGCUCGCUCUGUGCCAAGGACUUCGCCUCCCCAUCAGAGCUGGCCAGGCAUAAGCAGACACACGCCAUCCGGAGGCAGUACCGGUGCUCGCAGUGCGAGAAGGGUUACACGCGCUUGUCGGACCUGAAGCGGCACCAGCUGAACCACAGCGGCGAGCGUCCGCACCGCUGUGCUGAGUGCGACAAGAGCUUCACCCAGCUGUGGAUCCUAGCUAAGCACAAGCGCACCCACACAGGCGAGCGGCCCUUCCUCUGCCCCCACUGCCAGAAGAGCUUCACCCAACUCUCCAUCCUCAUCCGGCACCAGCGCAUCCACACUGGGGAGAGGCCAUACCGCUGCUCCCAGUGUGACAAAACCUUCCUCUCCUCAGGUGAGCUCUCAAAGCACCACAAGUGUCACACGGAAGACCGGCCAUACCUCUGCAGCGAGUGCGGCAAGAGCUUUAAGACAAAGCGCACCCUGAACGAGCACUGGCGGACACACACCGGCGAGCGGCCCUACUGCUGCUCCCACUGUUCCAAGUGCUUCGCCAAGUCCACCGCCCUGUCCCGGCACCAGCUCAUCCACACAGGUCAGAGGCCGUAUGUGUGCUCCCAGUGUGGGAAGACCUUCCUGUCUUCCAGAGAGCUUCUAUUACACCACCGCUCCCACACGGGCGAGCGGCCCUACAGCUGCCCCCGGUGCGAGAAAAGCUUCAGGUCUUCCUCAGACCUGACCCGGCACCAGCGGAGUCACACGAGGGAGCGUCCGUACACCUGUGCCCACUGCAGGAAGACGUUCUCCUGCUCAACCAAGCUGAAAAGACACAUGGAGGUCCACAGUGCAGACAGGCCAUUUCAGUGCUUGGAGUGUGGGGUGGGAUUUAAUCGGCUGUGUCUUCUGAAGACACACCAGCGAACUCACAUGGAAAAGAGCUGGACACAAUGGAGACCUUAUUGCUCCAUAACUGAAGAAGCAGCCAACAUCAGCCUGUUGGAAAGGAUGCUGGAGGAUCUGGCUCCUAUCCCCAACUUCCUUUGGCCGGGUUGUGCCUCCUGGUUGCAACUUGCAACUCUGCGAUCAUGCCUCAUGUCCGCUGCCAUAUGCCCGGCGGCACACAGAAAAACCGUAACGGACUACGGCAACCUGGAGGCCAUCGUCGCUUCGGCGCCGGACACUCCAACAGGAAAAGGGCGGAACUCCGUCUUGGACUUAUGGUAUCAUGCAACAGACAAUGCUGAUUUGGAGGAAUCGGGAGGAACCCUGCUGAUGGACCCAGCAGAGAGGGAUCACUUCUUCCAGACACAACCCGCCAAAUGGAGAGACCGUGAUGGACCAUGUGAGCUGCGUGAGGAUGGAGGCAUUAUUAAAGUCCCUCUUAUAAUGGAAGUUCCCAGUGCCUCAAUGUCGGACAUCGUAGAUCCCUUUCUCCCGCUUUCCUCAAUGCGGCUUCUGGUUCCGCCCUUACGGCUGCUGUCUGCUGCCAUGUGGCAGGUAGCUCAGAGAAGAGAUGUGAUGCAUUACGGGAAGCUGGAGGAGUUUGUCUCCUUGGUCACAGAGACUGUCCCAGAGCUGCUGAGCUACAGACAAAGAGCGCAGCUCAUUUUGGGACUGCGUGCAAGGCUGGUUCUUGAGAUCUGCCGAGGUGAGGAUCCUGCAGACUGCCAAUGCAUCGGGCCCCACCUGGAGAGGAUAAGCCGCCAUGCUGGAGCCCAUGAGCACCCAGGUGCAAGCGACUCAGAGGUGGAAGUGUCAAGAGUAAACUUCCUAGAGAUGGUCCAAAUCCUGUUAACGGACUCGGCCGCAAGAGAUUACUUUUUCAAGGAGGUGUUCCCAGUGGAGUAUGGACCCAAGUAUGACAAAGCCCUGGAGGACCUGGUGUGGGAGCUCCUCUCCAGGCUGGAGCAGCUUCUCCCAGUACCAGACCUCGAACAGUUGGUGUCCUUGUUCACCGCUGCCCCCUCACUCCUGGAGGAGUGUGUGCAGUCUAACUCUCCCCCAGAGCAGCUGAGGACCCUCCUACAGCACUACAAAUGUCUUGGACAGCUGGUCACACAUGCAACCACUCCUCUCACAGGUGACUGUAUCCUGUCCUCACUAUCCCUCCUCCCCCUUGGCAAGGCAGCUGUCAUUCAUGAGGAAACCAGCCGCCAAUCAGAAUAUAUGCAUGACUCUAUGGACUUCUUAAGUCCUGCAUAUGUCAGUGAAGAGGUUGAGAUAGUGUCUGUGGAAGAAAGCCCAAUAUACAGAGAUCUGGAGAUGGAACUGAGAAAGAGUUUAGACCCAGAUGAGAGUCGGAUAGAAAGUAGGAAUGGAGGUGGGGAUGUUGAAGAGGAAAUGUCUAAUUUAAGCACUUUGAAAGAGGAAGAAGGAGAACUGACAAAGGAGACUAAAGAGGCUGCAAUGGACAGUGGAGGUGGAGAGGCACAAGUUGGAGAGUUGGACGCUGAAUAUGGGGAGGUGGAGUUUGAAUCUACGGAGCAAGGGCUUAGAGGUGGAGAGGUGGGGUCAGUGUAUGAAAUGGCACAGGCUGUACAAGAACAGGUGGGGCCAGAAUGUGAGAUGGUACAGUCCAGUAAUGGAGAGGUGGGUCAAGAAUGUGCAGAAGCAAAUCCUAGGACUGAAGAUUGUACAGAGGUAGAGCCGAGAAGUGUAGAAGUACAGUCAGAAUGUCCAGAGGCAAAUCCCGGGAGUUGGGAGUGUGGAAAGGUGGAGCCGGAAUGUGGAGAUUCUACACAUGGAAGGAAAAGCCAAGAAAGAAAGGAGAACAUAAUGGCUGAAGAUGAGGCACUAAUUAGGGAGAGACAAGAACACAACACGGGUGAACACAAGGAGGGGGAUGGAAAUGGCCAAACCUACCGGUGUGAAAAAGAGCUGGAUCCUGGAAAAGAAUCUGCGCAUGGACAGGAAGACGGUGGCCAGUUACAGCUGGUUACUACCUGUCUGCUCCAGAGGCCUACAGUGCUGAUCCAGCGGCUUGCUGUCGCCGACACCUCUCUGCCCGUGUUGACGCCAGUGCACCCCACCGCUGGUAACGGGGAGCAACCAGUCAGCUCUCAGAGGAGCCGCAACAGGACGGCACAGAAAUGGAAGGGACGGCGGGCGGUGCGUGAAAGGAAGACCAGUAGCCGCUUUCGGGCUGCUCUGACAGGGAAGCCAGCACUGUCAGAGAAGGAGAACAUUGCUGAUUCUCAUGGUCGAGCUCUGGUCACCCCAGCUGAGGAACAACAUGCAGUGGACCUCUUGAAAACCCAACCAGAAGGAGAUGGAAAGUCUGUAUGUCCCACUGAGGAUGGGGAAGACCAGCCACCCACUACAGCCGACCAGUCAGGAGCCCACAUCUGCCUCCAGUGUCGGAAGACCUUCAGGUCUCGAUCAGACUUAAUGAGACACCAUCGGACUCACACGGGUGAGCGGCCAUUCCAGUGCUCCCAGUGCAAAAAGAGUUUCCAGAAUUCGUGGGACCUGACAAGGCACCGACGGACACAUACUGGGGAGCGACCGUUCCAGUGCUCCCAGUGCGGGAAGAGCUUCACGCAGCUGGGUUCCCUACGAAUGCAUCACAAGCAGAAGCACAAGAAGGAGUGGCCCUUCCACUGCUCCCUGUGCGACAGGAGCUACCAGUUCUCGUCAGACCUGGCUAGACACAAGCAGACUCAUGCGGUAAAGCGACCCCAUAAGUGCGCCCUUUGUGACAAAACCUACAGUCGUGCCUCGGAUGUCAGGAGGCACCAGCUCCUUAACCACACUGAGGAACGCCCUCACCAGUGCUCCCUGUGCGGCAAGAGUUUCAAAACAUCGUGGGACCUCACCCGGCACAAUCGGACACACACGGGAGAGCGGCCUUUCCAGUGCUCCCAGUGUGGGAAGAACUUCACAGAAUUGGGGUCGCUGAGACUGCACCACCAGAGAGCUCACGAAGGAGAAGGUCUUUUUAACUGCUCCCAGUGCCAGAAGAGCUUCACCCAGUUAGCGACACUAACAAAACACCAGCACUGCCAUGCCGGUGAGCGCCCCUUUCAGUGCUCUCACUGUCAGAAGACCUUUACUCGACUGUCAGUAUUGACUAGACACCAGCGGAUCCACACAGGGGAGAGACCGUACCUUUGCUCCCAAUGUGGAAAGAGUUUCCUUUCCCAGGGAGAGCUUUCAAAGCACCAAAAAUGUCACACAGAAGAGAGACCUUACCUUUGUUCCCAGUGUGGCAAGGGUUUCAAGAUGGAGGCUGCCCUUAAAAAACAUCGGCACACUCAUACGGGGGAGUGCCCGUACCGCUGCCCUCACUGCAAGAAGACUUUCACCAAUAGAACAGGCUUGUCUAGACAUAAGCUAAUUCACACUGGGGAGAGACCACACCUGUGCUCCCAGUGCGGUAAGACUUUCCUUUCCGUGGGAGAACUGUUGAUCCACCAGCGGUACCACACAGGAGAACGUCCAUAUCAGUGCUCAUUGUGUGGGAAGAGUUUCACCCAGUCGUGCUACCUAACUGUUCACCGGCGAACUCACACGGGAGAGCGGCCGUACCAAUGUAUUGUGUGCUCAAAAAGCUUCUCACACUCAACUCCGCUGAAGAGACACAUGCGGAUUCACACUGGGGAGAAGCCGUUCCAGUGUCCAGACUGUGGGAAGAGCUUUAGCCGGCUGUGUCUGAUGAAGACACACCAACAAACCCACACAGUAAAGGAGAGCUUAGACAUUGCUUUGGCCUAGUUUUACUGGCAUUGCUAUUGACUUUACAUGGUUUCUUCAGUUGAAACUAAAACACAAAAGGUGUUAUCAUGGUUAACUGUGACAAAACAAAAUUGCUUCUCAUAAUAUGCAUGGCUAAAAUAAAUCCUGCCAGUUUUCCGGUGAUAUCCAUUAA